GCUGUGGCGAGGGCGAUUCAGUCCCUGCCUCUGUUUAUCCGGGAGCAAUGGGAUCGCGGGGUGAGCAGGGCCGGGCAGAGGGGCCGACUGACCCGCGCACUCCGCGGCGGUGCCGCCUCUGCUUCCCCAGGAGAUGGGGCAGGAGAGGAGGCGCGGAGCCGGCACGGGACUCCGGGGAGGAGCGGUGGGAGCUGCCCGCGCCGGGCUGGGCUGCGGGGAUCCUGCGGGCAGCGAGCCGCCCCGGCGCUAUCCCCAUCCCCCUCGGCUCUUGCCCCACCAGAGGGUGACGGGCAGCCCCCCGCCCGCCGGCCCCCUCUCCUCUCCUUUCCCCCGCCCGCCGCUCCCCGAGCGCUUGGCAGCCCCGACGCCCUCCGCAGCCAGUUUUCCAGCCCUGCGCUUCUUCUGCGGUGACAGCCAGUGGCUGCGGGGCCCUGUUUGCUGUCCAGUUAAUAAGUGAGCUGGAGCGGGGGGGAACUUCUCCGCCGGAGGAGAGCGGGCUCGCCGGCGGCCGGGCGGGCGGGGGGAGCAUUCCUGCGCCGCGGGGCCCCGGCGCGCCCCGCUCCCGCCGCCCCCCGCCCGCAGGUGCAGGGGGCUGGCACUCGGCAGCUGGAAAGAGCUGGUUGGAGUUUGCACUUUAAGCUCCCGGCGGGGAGGGAGCCGAGGCUGGGAGCUGGUCCGGGCGCCCAGCGCCGCGGGAGGAUGGCGCGGUGGCUGCGGCCCCUCGUGGGAGCCCUGCUCCUGCUCGAGGGGGCGGCCGCCCUCAGCUUCCUCCACCAUCGCUACGAGGAGCUGGUGCAGGCCCUGUUCCGCGUGCAGAGCCAGUGCCCCUACGUCACCCGCAUCUACAGCAUCGGCCGCAGCGUCGAGGGCCGGCACCUCUACGUGCUGGAGUUCAGCGACUACCCGGGCAUCCACGAGCCCCUGGAGCCAGAGUUCAAGUAUGUUGGGAACAUGCACGGGAACGAGGUGCUGGGCCGUGAGCUGCUGCUGCAGCUCUCCGAGUUCCUGUGCGAGGAGUACCGCCGGGGCAACGAGCGGAUCACGCGCCUCAUCCAUGACACACGCAUCCACAUCAUGCCCUCCAUGAACCCCGACGGGUACGAAGUGGCUGCCAAGCAGGGCCCAGACAGCAAUGGGUACUUGACAGGGAGGAACAAUGCCAAUGGAGUGGACUUGAACCGUAACUUCCCUGACCUCAACACACUCAUGUACUACAGCAGGGAAAUCAGCGGGCCAAAUCACCACAUCCCACUGCCUGACAACUGGAAAAGCCAGGUGGAGCCAGAGACAUUGGCUGUGAUCCAGUGGAUUAGCAGCUACAACUUUGUGCUCUCGGCCAAUCUGCACGGCGGGGCAGUGGUGGCAAAUUACCCCUAUGACAAGUCCCAGGAUCAGCGGUUCAGGAGCCACCGGCGCACGGUCAACACGCCUACCCCUGACGAUAAGUUGUUUCAGAAGCUGGCCAAGACCUACUCAUAUGCCCACAGCUGGAUGCACCGGGGCUGGAACUGUGGAGACUACUUUGCUGAUGGCAUCACAAAUGGGGCAUCCUGGUACUCACUCAGCAAAGGCAUGCAGGACUUCAAUUACCUUUACACCAACUGCUUUGAAAUUACCCUGGAGCUAAGCUGCAAUAAGUUUCCCCCCGAGGAGGACCUGGAGAGGCAGUGGAUGGCCAACCGGGAGGCCCUUGUUGCUUUCAUUGAAGAGGUUCACCAGGGCAUCAAAGGGAUGGUGUCAGAUGAGAACAACAAUGGCAUUGCAGGAGCAGUGAUUUCUGUCCAGGGAAUCAGCCAUGACAUCACCUCUGGUGAUAUGGGGGAUUAUUUCCGGCUGCUGCUGCCUGGCACUUACACUGUCACAGCCUCUGCAGAGGGGUACCAGCCCCUGACAGUCACAACAACAGUGGGCCCAGCUGCACCUUCAUUGGUGGAUUUCCAGCUCAAACAGGAAGUGGUGAGGAAGCCUGCAGAGCGUAAAGCCUCAGGCACAAGGAUGAACAACAAAGCCCUUCAGAAGAAGGUGGUGCCAAGAGCCACCCGCAGAGGCACCCAAAGAUGAGGACAGCUCAUUUGGCUGAGAGCUGGGGAAGCCGUUUACAUGAGGCCUGGCUGAUGAGUCCAGCCAGUGAACUUUCCAACAGUCCAGCAUGAAACUAACCCAAAUCAUUAAAAAAGGAAGUAUUUAAUCCCU